AUGGAACAUGAACUCAACAGAGUUAAUGUGAUACAAAAUCUCGCCAAGGAACAUGGACUCAACAGAUUUAAUGUGAUACAAAAUCUCGCCAAGGAAUAUGGACUCAACAGAGUUAAUGUGGUACAAGAUCUCGCCAAGGAACAUGGACUCAACAGGGUUAAUGUGGUACAAGAUCUUGUCAUGGAACAUGAACUCAACAGAGUUAAUGUGAUACAAAAUCUUGCCAAGGAACAUGGACUCAACAGAGUUAAUGUGGUACAAAAUCUCGCCAAGGAACAUGGACUCAAUAGAUUUAAUGUGAUACAAAAUCUCGCCAAGGAACAUGGACUCAACAGAGUUAAUGUGAUACAAGAUCUUGUCAUGGAACAUGAACUCAACAGAGUUAAUGUGAUACAAAAUCUCGCCAAGGAACAUGGACUCAACAGAGUUAAUGUGGUACAAGAUCUUGUCAUGGAACAUGAACUCAACAGAGUUAAUGUGGUACAAGAUCUCGCCGUGGAACAUGGACUCAACAGAGUUAAUGUGGUACAAGAUCUCGCCAUGGAACAUAAACUCAACAGAUUUAAUGUGGUACAAGAUCUCGACCCUUUAAGCUGGAAACGAUUUUCUACUAAAAACGACUGUCCUUUACAGCGAGUAUAG